AUGAUCAAAGUAGAGAACUUUGAAUUAAAUUCAGAUAAAUAUUUUUAUUCUACAUUUCCAGAGAUCUCGAUUCCAGAUCAAUCAUUGACAUCCUAUCUCUUACCCUAUCUUCAAAGACAUGGUAAGAAAACUAUUACUAUUGAUGGUGUAACCGGUAGAGAAUAUAGUGGUCUUGAAAUAAAGUCAAAUAUUGAAAAGGUUGCUAGUUUCUUAACUAAAUUAGGAUUGAAAAAAGGAGAUGUAGUUGGUGUUAUCCUACAGAAUGUACCAGAGUAUUUGAUGAUUUUUCAUGGUAUCCUUUUGAUCGGAUGCGUUGCUUCGACCAUCACUGGUGACUACCAGAUCGAAGAGAUCAAAAAAACCAUUGGUACCGUCAAUCCAAAACUAUUAAUUACACAAUCAAUCUUUCAAGAUAAGAUUGCCGGUAUCACAAAGGAGAUUCCAUCCAUCCAGAAUGUCGUUGUAGUAGGCGAUGUCAUUCCAAAUACAAUUCCAUUUCAAACCGCUUUAGAUACACCAAUAAAUUAUCCAAAUGUAAAGAUUAAUAGUUAUGAAGAUUUGGCAGUUUUACCUUUUAGUAGUGGAACUACUGGACUACCAAAAGGUGUGAUGUUGACUCAUCGCAAUCUGCUCUCGAAUAUGCUGCAGAUCCAAGCGGUCGAGUCACCGACUUACACUUAUAAUGAGGUGGUUAUUGGUGUCAUUCCAUAUUUCCAUAUCUAUGGAAUGAUCUUCUUUUUGUGUGUUUGUGUCAAGGCUGGAAUCAGCAGUGUCUCACUACCGCGAUUCGAUGCACUCUCCUUUCUAAAGUUGAUCGAAAAGUAUAAGGUAACGAUCACUUUCAUUGCACCACCCGUAGCCAUUCUCUUUGCCAAGUCACCAGUGGUCGACAAGUUCGAUAUCAGUUCACUGCGUGUACUGUUCAGCGGUGCCGCUCCACUCUCUGUCAGCGUUGAGAACGCUAUCAAGCAGCGAUUCGGUGGAAGAAUACACAUUAAGCAAGCAUACGGACUGAGCGAAGCUUCACCAGCGAUUGUCAUCACUCCGUAUGGCGCGAACAAGCCCGGAACCAGUGGAAUGCUUCUGCCCAACCAAGUGCUGAAGAUCCAGGAUAUCGCCACCGGUGAAAUCAAAGGUGCUGGCGAACUCGGAGAGAUUUGUGUUCGCGGACCCAACAUUAUGAAGGGAUACUUUAACAACCCCAAGGCAACGGCCGAGAUGAUCGACGCCGACCGAUUCCUGCAUACCGGUGAUGUUGGCCGUAUCGACAAAGACGGCUAUCUCUACAUUGAGGAUCGUGUCAAGGAGUUGAUCAAGUACAAAGGAUUCCAAGUGGCGCCAGCCGAGCUCGAAGGUCUGCUGCUGAAACACGAAAAGAUCUCCGAUGUCGGAGUGAUUGGAAUUGCGGACGAGGUAUCCGGUGAGCUGCCACGUGCCUACGUAGUCAAACAAGCCAACCAACAGGUCACUGUUGAGGAGAUUCAAACAUGGUUAAACGGUCAAAUCGCACACUACAAGAGACUGAGAGGUGGUAUCAUUUUCAUCGAUCAAAUUCCGAGAUCUUCCUCCGGUAAGAUUCUUCGUAGAGAAUUAAAAGCUAAAGUAUUAAGUUUAGAACAAUCAAAAUUAUAA